AUGUCCAUCUCCUCGCAUUUUGCUAAUAGGCCGCGCGAUCAGCAGACCGCAGGCUGGACUGAACUCUGGGAUAGCAACGAAAAUCACCUCUGGGACCGUGGAGGACCUUCGGAGGCUUUGAUCGAUUGGUUAAACUCAAAGCCCGCAUCACUGCCGGUGGCCGAACCUGGAACGAAACUGAGAGCUCUCGUACCAGGAUGCGGCCAGGGAUACGACGUUGCUAUGCUAGCACUUAACGGAUUCGAUGUCUAUGGCAUCGAAGUGUCCGAAACCGGCUGUAAAACAGCGCGCGACUACGUCAACGCCGAGCUACAAAACCCACGUCCAUCUAACUUUGCUGUCCCCGAAUCUCAGAAUAGUUCUAUUCUUGGCAGUGCUAGGAUUAUUCAAGGGGAUUUCUUUUCUCACGAUUGGGAGGAGGCUUGCAGUGGCGGUGGGUUCGACCUGAUAUAUGACUAUACGUUCCUAUGCGCUUUACCGCCGGAUUUUCGUGUCGACUGGGCACGUCGUAUGGGGCAACUUCUGUCAGAAAAAGGGGUUCUCGUAUGCCUCGAAUUUCCCUUGCAAAAAGCUUUGGACGCUCCUGGCCCGCCAUGGGGUUUGCAAGGGGUGUAUUGGGAUUUGCUUGCGGAGGGCGGAAAUGGUGUUUUGACCAACGAUGAGCCGAAAAUCAAGGACAAGGACAGGUUAUUUCAGAGGGUUGCGUAUUUUCGGCCAGAGCGGUCGCAUUCGUUUGACAAGGGUACCGACAUGAUGAGUGUAUGGACGAGAUAUGAUAGUUUUUGA